AUGGCUUCGAAGGAUGAUACGCAAGCUAAAGCGCCUCCAGAAACCCGCAAUGUGGUCCAAUUCCUCCGCAGCAGUAAAUCUGGCAUGAAAAUACGUGUUGGUGCGUUGAAUGGGAAACGCGUCGAUUAUUUCAAAGGCAAAUCUGCAGUGAAAGCCCUCCUCUCGCCCGCCUAUGCAAAAGUAAAAAACGUACCCAAAGUCACUACGGAAGUCGAGGCUGAGGCCCUCCUCCAAUCAUCCAUACAAUACGCUUUUUACCUCCGCGUAGACCGCGGCGCACCCACAGGCUCAUCCAUAUCUCCGCGCCACGUCACUGUCGUUCCGCAACAACAAUUUGCCCAAGACGCGUACUUCGUGUGGCUCUACGAAGGUUCUCAAUGGACUACAUACGCUGGCGGACUUUUGAUGGUCGCGCUUAUGCUUGCAGCCGUAAUGUUCCCGUUGUGGCCCCCAGUGAUGCGUUUGGGUGUGUGGUACCUGAGCAUUGCCAUGCUGGGUUUACUCGGCGCAUUCUUUGGACUCGCAAUCAUACGGUUGAUAUUCUACAUAAUCACCGUGGUUAUAGCAAGCCCUGGAAUUUGGAUCUUCCCUCAAUUAUUCGCAGACGUUGGUGUUAUCGAGUCAUUUGUUCCGUUGUGGGAGUGGGAUGUUCCAAAGAAGAAAGCUGGGAAGAAGAAGAAGGCAAAGGCUCCCGCUGGUGCGAAUCCCGAGGAACAGCUUGCUAAUAAUGGUGGGGCUUUUAUCGAGGAGGUUGGUGAUGAGUCCCCAGAGCAAUCGCGUCCAGGGAGUCGCUCGGCACGGGUGGAGGAGGUUCCAGAUGUGGAUUCAUAA